AUGAAUCAUUUUAUUGACUUAAUAUUGAUGGCCAUUAAAUCAUUUUUCAUUAUAUUUCUUCUAGGAACAGUAAAUACUCAACUUCGAUGUAAAUUUGAUCAUCCUAUAUUGGGUGAAUAUUAUUCAUAUGAGAAUGGUCUUGAAACUCAUACAUCAUUUAAAAAAACUGGUGAUAUUGAUAGACUUUUUUAUCGUCGAGAAUCAGGUCGUGGUGCUACUGCUAAUAUAAUAACUGUUAUUGAUAAUCAGGCAUUUGGUGAAUGUCUUUAUCUUAAUUGGAGAGAAAAUCCUUUUCGACAUAUUUCAAAACAUCAUUAUGAACUUAUUUAUCGAGAUAAAAAAAAAUCUUGUUACCAAUGUUAUGAAAUAUAUAAUCGAACACGUAAUAUUCUUCAAAUACGAAAAAGUGAAUGUGAUGAAGUAACAUCAAUUUCUACAAAUCAAAUGAAUAUUCAAGAUCUUUGUUUAACUAUUAAUGAAGAAGCAGAAUUUGAUACAUUAUUUUUAAAAACAUAUUCAGCUGAAGAAUGUCGUGCAACUAUUUAUGGUACAUAUCAUUUUACAUAUGAAUUUCGUGAAGGUGGAAUUGGUAUAUGUGAUAAUCCAAUAUCACGUUUAGUAUCUUGUCCUGAUCCUGGAACUCCAUUUGAAGUUGUUAAUGAACGUUUUUGGAUGACAUAUGGUUAUUGUCGUGAUCUUGUUUCAUCAAUUGAUGCUCAACCACUUUAUCAAUGUUUAGGUUAUUGGAUAAAUGAUAAAGGAGAUAUAUUUACUGGUAUAGCUAAUGAACGUGUUGGUUCAGAACGUUGGUAUGAUAAAUUUCGUUGUAUGUUAACACGAAAAGAUCAACCACGAUGGUUUGCUAAAUCUUUAUUUGCUGAAUGUUCUCGACUUUAUUCACCAACAGAUGGACCAGAAAAAGUUAUUAUAACAGCAAUUAUACCAGAAGUUCCAACACCAAUGUGUUUUUUUCCAGAUAAUUUUACUGGUGAAUGGAUAAAUACAGCUAAUGUUAAUGCAAGAACAAUAAUUAAUUCAACACAUAUACAUGAAAUAUCACGUGUUAAUAAUCGUGGUUGGUUAAGAGAAACUUAUUAUGUUUGUCAACAAACAUCUCGUAGUCAAUAUUUAGUUAAAUCUGUUACAACAGGAGAAUGUUUUCCAUAUUAUAUUUGUUUUGAUUUUAAAAAUCGUCAUCAUAAUAUUCUUCGAUAUAGAAAAUCAAAAUCAUUUAUGUCAAAUGUUUAUGAUGAUUUAACAAAAAGAGAUCCACUUUUUGAAGUUUGUUCAUGGAUUAGUUUUGGUAAUGAUGCUAAUUGGAAAUAUCAAGUUUUUGUUUUAAAUCCACCAGCACCUAUAGAAUGUCCAUUUACUGGUAUGUGGACAUUUAAACAAGUUGGACAACCAAAUUCAUUAAUUCAUACACGAAUUCGUGGUGGUAUUACACCUCGACCACGUGAUCAUGGUUGGUAUAUUUCAUGUGAUCCAAAAUAUAUUCUUUCUCAAUGGACUAUUUGUAAACAUGAAACAAAAUCUAUGUUAGUCGAUAGAGAAUAUUGUCGACAAUUAGAUCCAUAUGGAACACCAAUAGGUGUUUAUGAACAACCAGAUUAUAUAUAUCAAUGUGCUGGUUAUUGGAGAGAAGAUUCUCGUUCAUAUUUAAUAACAUAUGAUCGUGAUGAACCAUAUAUAAAUUUUAAAUGUUGGGUUUAUGAACGAAUAGAUUUAUUUAAAAUAUAUUUAUCAAGAUCAGCAGGUUCAUUUUGUGGUUUUAAUCAAACAUCUCAAAGUUAUACAUCAGAAGAUGGAGCUGAUCUUAAAAUUGAACUUGAAGAAGCUGAACGUAUUCAUGAUGAUUGUCCAAUUCGAUAUGAUGAUGGUCGAAAUCCUUGGCAAAUAAUUGAUGAAUUUUUAUUUUAUUAUGCUUCAGGAUCAAUAGUAUUUCCUUCAUAUUAUCUCAUAAUUCUAAUAAUGUUAACUAAAUUUGAAUCGAAAUCAGCACGUGUGAAAGGUUUAAGCUUUCAUAGUAAACGUCCAUGGAUAUUAGCAUCACUUCAUUCAGGUGUUAUACAAUUAUGGGAUUAUCGUAUGAAAACUUUAAUUGAUAAAUUUGAUGAACAUGAUGGUCCUGUACGUGGUAUACAUUUUCAUAAUGCACAACCAUUAUUUGUUAGUGGUGGUGAUGAUUAUAAAAUAAAAGUUUGGAAUUAUAAAACACGUAAAUGUUUAUUUACAUUAUUGGGUCAUCUUGAUUAUAUUCGUACAACAUUUUUUCAUCAUGAAUAUCCAUGGAUUAUAUCAGCAAGUGAUGAUCAAACAAUACGUAUAUGGAAUUGGCAAUCAAGACAAUGUGUUUGUGUUAUGACAGGACAUAAUCAUUAUGUUAUGUGUGCACAAUUUCAUCCAACUGAUGAUCUUGUUGUAUCAGCAUCACUUGAUCAAACUGUUCGAGUUUGGGAUAUUUCAGGUUUAAGAAAAAAAAAUGUUUAUUCAUCACCAGAUACAAUUCAAUCACAAAUUCAACGUACUACAGGAACACCAGAUUUAUUUGGACAAGCUGAUGCAAUUGUAAAACAUGUAUUAGAAGGACAUGAUCGUGGUGUUAAUUGGGCAACAUUUCAUCCAACAUUACCAUUAAUUGUAACAGCAGCUGAUGAUCGUGUUGUUAAAUUAUGGCGUAUGAAUGAAAAUAAAGCAUGGGAAGUUGAUACAUGUCGUGGACAUUAUAAUAAUGUAUCAUGUGUUAUAUUUCAUGCAAGACAAGAUUUAAUUUUAUCAAAUGGUGAAGAUAAAUCAAUUCGAGUUUGGGAUAUGACAAAACGAGUAGCAAUAAAUACAUUUCGACGUGAAAAUGAUCGAUUUUGGAUGUUAACAAUUCAUCCAACAUUAAAUUUAUUUGCUGCUGGACAUGAUAAUGGAAUGCUUGUCUUUAAAUUAGAACGUGAACGACCUGUCUAUGCUGUGGUUGGAAAUCUUGUUUAUUAUGUUAAAGAGAAAUAUUUACGACGAUUAGAAAUAACAACAUCAAAAGAUGUUCCGCUUAUGCAAUUACGAAGUGGUCCACGUGCACCAUAUUAUUCAAUGUCAUAUAAUCCAGCUGAAAAUUCUAUUUUAUUAACAACACGUGUACCAGCUCAACCAGAUACUUCUAUUUAUGAUCUUUAUACUAUUCCAAAAGAUGCUGGUGAAUCAGCUAGUUCAGCACAAAAUCCAGAUGCACCUGAAGGUCGUCGUUCAUCGGGUUUAAAUGCCGUUUGGGUUGCUCGAAAUCGAUUUGCUGUUCUUGAUAAAAAUCAUGUUAUUUUAAUAAAAAAUAAUAAAAAUGAAAUAACAAAAAAAAUUCAAUUAGCAAAUUGUGAUGAAAUUUUUUAUGCUGGUACAGGUCUUUUAUUAAUUCGUGAAAGUGAUCAUAUUAGUUUAUAUGAUGCACAACAAAAACGUUCAUUAGCAAGUGUUAGAAUAGGCAAAGCUAAAUAUGCAAUAUGGUCAAAUGAUAUGAAUUAUUUAUCAUUAUUAGCUAAACAUCAACUUGUUAUUUGUAAUAGAAAACUUGAACAAUUAUGUAUUAUUCAAGAGAAUGUUCCUGUUAAAUCAGGUGCUUGGGAUGAUUCAGGAGUAUUUAUUUAUACAACAUCAAAUCAUAUUAAAUAUGCACUUGUUAAUGGUGAUCAUGGAAUUAUUCGUACACUUGAUUUACCUAUUUAUAUAACAAAAAUUAAAGGAAAUAGUGUUUUCUGUUUGGAUAGAGAAGUUCGACCAAGAUUAUUAACUAUUGAUCCAACAGAAUAUAAAUUUAAAUUAGCUUUAAUUAAUCGAAAAUAUGAUGAAGUACUUCAUAUGGUUCGAACAGCAAAAUUAGUUGGACAAAGUAUUAUUGCUUAUCUUCAAAAGAAAGGUUAUCCGGAAGUAGCACUUCAUUUUGUAAAAGAUGAAAAAACAAGAUUUGGAUUAGCACUUGAAUGUGGAAAUAUUGAUAUUGCAUUAGAAGCUGCUCGAGCUUUAGACGAUAAACGUUGUUGGGAAAAAUUAGCUGAAGUAGCUUUAUUACAAGGAAAUCAUCAAAUUGUUGAAAUGGCUUAUCAACGAACAAAAAAUUUUGAUAAAUUAGCUUUUCUUUAUUUAAUUACAGGAAAUCUUGAAAAAUUAAGAAAAAUGAUGAAAAUUGCUGAAGUACGAAAAGAUGUUAGUGGACAAUUUCAAAUCGCAAUGUUAUUAGGGGAUGUUGAAGAACGUGUUAAACUUCUUAGACAAUGCAAUCAAAAAUCACUUGCUUAUGUUAUGGCAGCUACACAUGGUCUUGAUGAACAAGCUGAACAAUUGAAAGAAUCUUUUGAUGAAAAAAUACCUGAAGUAAAUCCAAAUGCUGAGUUAAUAUUACCACCAUGUCCAAUAAGUCAACAAGAAUCAAAUUGGCCAUUAUUAGCUGUAUCAAAAGGAUUUUUUGAAGGUGCAAUGAUUAAAGGAAGUCAACCAACAACAACAACAACAGGUUUAUCAUCAAAUAUAACAACAAAACUUGCUGCAAAUGUUGCUAUUGAUGAAACAGUAACAAGUGGUGGAGAUUGGGCUGAUGAAGAAGUACAAAUGGAACUUGAUGAAGAUAAUAUUAAUCAAGGAAAUCUUCAUGCUAAUCAAGAUGAACAAGGUGAAGGUUGGGGUGAUACUGAUAUUGAAUUACCACCUGAUCUUGAAGGAACUGGUGUAAGUGGUGGAGCUGGUGAUGAAGAAGAUGCAAGUGGAUAUUUUGUAGCACCAACAAAAGGUCAAUCAAUUCCACAAGCUUGGAUACAAAAUUCAAAAUUAGCUGUUGAUCAUAUAUUAAGUGGUUCAUUUGAAUCAGCAAUGCGUUUAUUACAUGAUCAAGUUGGAAUUGUUAAUUUUGAUGAAUAUAAACAAAUAUUUAUUCAAAUAUAUUCACGUUCACGUACAGCUUUUACAGCACUUCCAUCAUUACCAGCAUUAUAUGCAUAUCCAUUAAGAAAUUGGCGUGAAGCACAUUCACCAAAAUUAUUUUAUCCAGCUAUUGGAUUAAAAUUAGAAGAAUUAGUUGCACGUCUUCAAAUAGCUUAUCGUUUAACAACAAAUGGAAAAUUUCAAGAAGCUGUUGAUAAAUUUCGUUCAUUAUUAUUAUUUGUUCCAUUACUUGUUGUUGAAUCACGUCAAGAUAUUCUUGAAAGUCAACAAUUAAUUGAAAUAUGUAAAGAAUAUAUUGUUGGAUUACAAAUGUCAAUGGCUAAAAAAGAUUUAGCUAGAGAUGAUGAAAAACGUUCAUGUGAAUUAGCUGCAUAUUUUACUCAUUUACAAUUACAACCAAUACAUAAAAUAAUGACAUUAAGAUCUGCACUUAGUCAAGCAUUUAAAUUAAAAAAUUAUAAAAUUGCUACAAGUUUUGCUAAACGUUUAUUGGAAUUAGGACCAACACCUGAUGUUGCUCAACAGACACGAAAACUAUUAAGUGUUUGUGAAAAAAAUCCAGUUGAUGAACAUCCAUUAAAUUAUGAUGAAUAUAAUCCAUUUGAUAUAUGCGCGGCUUCCUAUGUACCAAUUUAUCGUGGAAACCCAAUAGUGAAAUGUCCAUUAUCCGGUGCAGCUUAUUUACCGGAAUUUAAAGGACAAUUAUGUCGUGUUACAAAAGCAACAGAAAUUGGAAAAGAAUCUCUUGGUCUUAGGAUUUCAAUGAGUCAAUUUCGUUAA